CAGCUCAUGCACAGUCAUCCAGGACCUCAGCAGCUGACUGCUGGACAUCCCCCCCAGCUCCGUACAUGUGUGUCCCAUUAUCCAAGGGCUUCCACAUCCCACAGCCUCUGCUGGAAGUCUCUCCAUACAUUAGAUGGACAGAGGAAGCCCCAGCUACUGCAAGGAAGAGGAGUCCUAAUUGUGGAGACUUCAAAGACCAUCAAAUUAUCUCCUGCUGGGAAACCUGGAGUCUUUAGGUACCUCCUACAAACUGUUCACAAUGUAGAAGACACAAGUGUUUAAAUUGUCCUGCUCCUUUGCACCUGAGGGGUGAAACCCAUGAGUCCUCCUUCCUUUGCCACUGCCCAUGCAGGGCUCCAGAGAAUGGGGAGCGGAAGCUCCACUUGUGGCACAACCAAUUCUUUGAUCAAAGUCUGCAGAGAUCACAAAGGUGGGAUCAAUUGGCUUAGUUUGAGUCCAGAUGGAUGCCACCUGUUGACCGCCAGUGAAGAUUGCACUGCUCGCUUAUGGAGGACAUCUGACCACCAGUGCUGCAAGUUGCUGCAAGGACAUAGCAGCUACAUUACGUUUUGUCACCUGGAGAAUGAGGCGGCUUUCACAUGCAGCGCCGAUCACACUGUGAGAAAAUGGGAGGUGUCGACAGGUCAGUGUCUCACUGUGUACACCGGACACACAUCCAUCGUGAACAGGAUACUUGUGGUCAGGAACUUGGUCUUCAGUGGAUCUUACGACAGAACCGCUCGCUGCUGGGACGUGGACUCUGGGAGACCUCUUCAGGAGUUUCAGGGUCACAGAAACUGCAUCUUAGUCUUAACACAUUUUUCAUCCAGUGACAUCCUGGAGGAAUCAGACCUUGACAGCAAGGAAAAGAAAGAAUUCCUUGUGACCGGAAGCACCGACUGUACAGUGAAGAUCUGGGAAGCAUUUAGUGGGUGCUGUUACCAGACAUUAAGGGGGCAUUUAGGUGCCAUACUGUGUAUAGUGCUGGACACCCCCAACAGAGAACUGUUUUCUGGCAGCACGGACUAUACCAUCCGGAGGUGGAACAUGGUCACCGGUGACCAGCUUAAAGUAUUUAGAGAUCAUCAGGGAUCUGUUAUAUGUCUGGAGAUGGUUGGACGUCAUUUAUAUUCUGGCAGUGUUGACCGGACUGCAAAAUGUUGGUUGUCAGACACCGGUGAAUGUGCCCGAACCUACAAAUCUCAUAAACACAGCAUUAGCACUUUGAAAUACCAUGAUGGAAUAUUGUUUACAGGAAGCGGCGAUGCUUGUGCCAGGUCCUUUAAUACAAGGUCGGGAGCCCUGCAGCAAGUCUUCCAAGGACACACUUUUAUCAUUAACUGCAUUCAGAUACACAACAGCGUUUUAUAUACAGCUUCUCACGAUGGCACUCUCAGAGUCUGGGACAUUAAAGGGAUCUGUUCACACAGUAAGCACCAGAAGAAGUCGUCGGUCAGAAGCAGGCACUCUCGGAAGGGGAGCAUGCCUCAUAUCUUUCACAAUAAAGUUGGCUGUUCCCUGGAGGCCAGUGAAGACUGUGAAUCCGCAGAAGUCAUGUAACAAGAAAAGAUAACUGGAAAUGGAAUAUAUAAUAGUACUCUGCAGAAUGUGUGACAGCCCUCCCUGAGCCUACAUUGUGACAAGUGUUACACAAUCCAAACAUUUGGGCAACUUGUCUGCAGCUUGCUGUUGCACGCCCAAUUUCAGGCUCAUGUACAUGACUGUUCUCAAUCCGGGAAACGUGGCCCAUGUGUCGGCUGCAUCUCCUGGACCAAAGAUGGUCUGACACAGACUCACUGCCUCAUAGUAAUUUACCUUGCUGUGAGUUCCUGUCUGACCACUGGUCCGUUGUACUGUAUUCACAUGAUAGAGAAGCCACCAUCGGUCUUGGAGAUGCAGCCAA